UGAUCAAAGACGUUCCGUUUCGGUGAACAGGAAAUCGGUAAUCCCCAGCAGUCUCAGUUAUAGUGCGUCAUCUUUCCAUCGUGAUCGUGGUAAAUUCCUCUUCGGGUUUGUAGUCUCUGUUGUCAAAUUUCGAUCGACUAAGAAAUACCAGUCCAUCAGCCACCACUCCCACAAAUGGCUCUUCAAGAUCAACAUGAAAUCCAAGCGAUUAAUCAAAUAGCAGAGUCUCUAGACAGCGGUGAACGCAGGGUGAUCUUCUACCUGUGUGAAAGCUUUGACACGGACAACAGUGUGACCUGUAUGAAGGAUAUGUUAAAACAUAAGGUGACAAGUCAUGACACAAGUGACCUGUUCCUAACAGAGUUGAUGUGGCAACUGAGACGCUAUGAUAUCCUGAGGAAGGUGUUUCAGACCAGCAGAGAAGAGGUGGCGAGGAUUCUGAAAUACAGGCAUGUUCUCUCAAGAUUCAGAGUAUUGAUGGCUAAUAUAAGUGAAGAUAUGGUCAAUGAAGAUAUGAAUCGUGCAAAAUUCUUGUUAAGCAGCACAUUAGCCCGUGAGAAGUUGGAAAAAGCAAAGAGUUUCCUGGAUUUGAUCAUUGAACUUGAGAAGCUUGAUGUAGUUUCUCCUGAAAGAGUUGACUUUUUAGAGGAAUGUUUAAGAAACAUUGACAGAAUCGACCUUGCCAAAAAAGUGACGGCGUACAAGCUGCAAGUUGGAAUAUCUGAACAACAUUUGCCUCAAACACAAAGGGGAAGAUCUCCUCGUCCAUUCAGUGCUCCAAAUGGUACUUAUCCUCUACAGCCAGCAAGACGAGCACUGUCCUGUCACAGUGAAAGCUUACCAGUGCCUAUAUGCAGAGAGCAGAGCCGCCAGAGUCAACAAGAAUUGUACAAAUUUAACACUAAUCCCAGAGGAGUUUGUGUUAUCAUCGACUGCGUAGGUAAUGAUGGAGACAUGUUGGAACAGACCUUUAAGGCUCUUCACUUCGAUGUGAUCCUCCACAAGUGGCUAAGUGUGGAAGAAACUCUGUCAGCUUUCAGAGAGAUAGUCAGACAGAGGGAGGUUCUUGAACGUGCCGAUGGCUUCGUCUGUUGCAUUAUUAGCCGGGGUACGGAAAGUCAUCUCCUGGGUACAGACUUGUACAACAGAGGUCUCGGCCUGGACAAUGUCAGACGGCUUUUCACUGCUGAGGCAUGCCCAAUGCUUGCCGGCAAGCCCAAACUCUUCUUCAUCCAGAGGUACAGCAUCCAAGAGUAUCAGCCCUGUGCCAGGACGUACCACCGGGAUGAGGAUCUAGAGACAGAUGGGUGUGAUGGGCUGGCCAGAUGUCAAUUCAUCCCUACAGAUGCAGACGUGUUCUGGAGUCACUGCUGGACGGAUGAAAAUGAACUUCAGCAAGGAGACCAUCACUCCAUUUACCUGAAGGCUCUGACAGACGUCUUACACAAAGGCCAAAUGAGGAAAACAAAUCUUGUUGAUGCUCAUAUUGAAGUGAAUCGGGCCAUCUUUGAGCAUAACAAGAGAAAUCCUGGAGCAAUGUACCACAUCGAUCUGAAACAUACUCUACGGAAAGAUCUGUACUUACAAUAGUGAGUUUAUCACUGUCACUUAACUAAACCCUCAAUGCGGGCAGCCACACAUUAAUAUUAUGUAGGAAUUUCAUAGUGUGUAUGUUCUUGCCACUUGCCACAGAAGAACCUUUGUAUAUAACUAUGCAUAUACUGACAUCUAGUGGUCAAGACACAUAAUGAAGGGAAACUUAUUUAACAGCUUAACAGUUUUAAAUGUUUUAAUGUUCAGUUUUGCUUUCUUUUAUAUUAGAAUGGCUGUACAUGUUAUCAUAUGUAACUUAUUUGGGUUUGUUGAAGUAUAAAUGUGAAUGGCCUUUAUCUUGCCUCAUAUAGUGCAGCUAUGAAUGAAGAAUGACACUACAUUUAUUAUUUUAUUCUACUGAUUUUUAUUGCAUUUAUAUUUUAUACUUAUUAUACUUUUUUUAACUAGUUUUAGAAAGGUGAUAUAUAAAUAAAACAUAUACAUGUUCUUUAAUUAGUAUGUUAGUAAUAAAAUAUAAUAUAUUCAUAUAGAUAGUAAUUUAUUAGUGUAUUAGUAUACAAUGUUUCUGUUAGUUCUCAAUCCAUGAAAACAUUCUAGACAUGUAUAAUAUACCAGAGAGCUGUCUGUGGGUG